AUGGUGAAGAGCAAGAUCCCAUAUGGCCGGCGUUGGACGUGCUAUAGUGAUGUUAGUUUUUUUCAUGAGACAAUGGCCAAACUGUUACAACAUGACUUUGAUGGGUAUGUGUCUACCCAAGAUGACAGUGUUCAUGAAUCACUUGAUGUUGCAAACCAACAGUUAGCACAGGCUGUGUCGCAAGUACAACGGGCUCAAAGAGAAUAUUUGUAUCAGAGAGUCCAUGAGGCUUUGCAUUCUCAGGAGCAGCAUAUGAUGGGUUCUCUGGAGUCUAAGGUAUCGUCAAUCAUUGAUAAAAGAUUAUCAAUGUAUUUCAAAGAAAUUAUGCAAAGUGUGGCAGAAAAGAUGCAGAAAUUGGAGAAGAGCUUGUUUGAGAAAAUGCAAAAGCUAGAGACGAAAGUGAUGGAUAUAGAGCAGAGGCCACAGUUGGUUGUUGGUGGAAAAAAAUAUGAGUCAGGAAUGAAAGAAGCUAUCAGUCAGGCUGCCAACCGCCUGGAGGAUGUGGAGAGUCUGGCCAGUGACACUGCUAGUACUCUGGCGUCGCUUUGCUCUAGAGUUGAGGCUUUGGAGAAUCAGCUAUGUACCAGUGUGACCCCAGCGACAGCUUCUCCUUUGCUUGCUUCCCCAACUUCCCCGCCAUCUGAUGAUCCAUUUGCCUCUACUAUCGUACACUCUUCCUCUGAUGGUGUUGUCUCCCCCGCUGCAACUACUUCUUUUUUUUUCUCUUCCAAGUGUUCUGUUGAAAGAAAGCCCUCACUUACUCCCUCUUUGGAUACCAUCUUCAGAUCAAAAAAUGAUAUUCUUGUGGCUGUCAGACAAGGUAAUGUGCAGACUGCUCUGAAGCUAUUGGUAGAGGGAGCUGCUGUCAGACUGUCAGAUAAGGAAAUGAAUGAGCUUUUGCAUGAAGCGGUGAAGGCUGGACAGGACAGAAUUGUUUCACUUUUGCUGAACGCAGGGGCUAAGGGUGAUGCCAGGAAUUGUUGUGGGGAGACACCACUGCACGUAGCAACUUCAAAUAACCAUCUAGUCAUUAUGUCAUCAUUGCUGGAGGGAUAUUGUGAUGUCAAUGCUAGGAACUGUGAUGGUGUUACUGCAUUGCAUCUAGCUACCCGAGCUGAUGCCUCAGGUCAAAGUGUCUUGCUUCUCCUCAGCAAACAUGCUGAUGUUGCUGUCAAAACUGCCAGGGGGGACACACCUCUUCACUGGGCAGCUGUGCAUGGCAAUGUAACCGCGGUUAAAGCACUUCUUAAAGCUAAGGCUAGUAGAAAUGUCAGAAACAAUUGCGGAAAGAUUCCUUGGGAUCUGACGGAGUCCCGUUUGAUUAGCAAACUUCUGCACCCAAGAAGCAACUGAAAAGAAAAAGGAAACACAUUAUUUUUUGUGUGUGGAGUGAAACAAGUGCAACUAUUUGACAAAAGUUUUCAUCAUCAUUACAGAGUGGCUACAUUCUGGAAAUAAUGGAAAAAUUAAGGAUUGUCAUUGUUUUACAAGCCUGGCAAAAUCAGGGACUUCAUAGAAGAAUAUUGAAAAGCUUGAACUAUUUUUGAGUCCUUUAGAAAACUGGAUAUUAUCAUUUAAGAUGUUGUUGUCAUUAUUAUUAUUAUUAUUAUUAUUAUUAUUAUUAUUAUUAUUAUUAUUAUUAUUAUUAUUGAUACAAUUUUUAUUUCUGAAUUGAAUAUUGUUAAUUUUGUUUUUCAUAGCAAAAUUGAAAGAACAAAAAUUAGUAACAAGUGCCCUAGCCAUGCUUUAAAAUAAUAAUUGAUAUUUUUUUUCAGUAGUGUGAUAUACUCCACACAUUGUAUGGGGGAAAAUAAAAGUGUACUGGAAUAGUUGAGGGAAUACUGAUCUAGCCAGUGGGUGGAGAAAUAAUGUUCUUCUAACUGGCUACUAACUACUACACUAAUUAAUACAUUUAUAAUAAUUUAACACCACGUAUUUCAAUUUAAUUUUGCUUUAAUUAUCACAUUUAUUUAAUUGUAAUGUGUAUAUCUCUUUCUAUUUGAACAUGGUGUAUACUUCAUUGUAAAUUUUCAGCUUGGAUAAUGGUCAUAACAAGAUUACAAAGAACUUAUGACCAAUCAUAAGGUUCAUAAGAUAUGUAUGCAAUACCAGCAUCAUUAAUUAUAACAACUAUGUACUUGCCAGUACAAAAAUCAGUUAUUUUUUUAGAGUAAUUGCUGCAACAAUUUUUUAACACAUCAAUGCAUUGACAAUUCCUCAGAGGUACACAAUAACCAACUCUUUAGACAAGAAUAUUGUUUGUUCAUUCAGAAGAAAAAGUAUUUAGUUUUCAGAUAUGUAAAAAAAAAUUAAUUUCUGUUUAUGACCUAAUCCAUGAUUGUGAAACGACCUUUUUGCUAUUUUUUUGUUUUUGUUUUGUCCUUUCAGUUCUCAAUCAUAUGAAAGCAUUUACUUAACAUAUAUAAGUCCUUAUGUGGCUCACUGCCAGGAAUUAAUAAGAGAUUUAUAACUUCGUUUUACAAUUUUGAGCUUCUUUUUUUAAAUGAAUUUUGGAAUGGCUGACAUAAGUGGCUAGGGAGGUAACAGCAGCAGCAGCAGCAGCAGCAGCAUCAUGAAGGUGGUCAUCUUAACUAUCUAGGAAAUGCUGCUGCAUCUCCAAUAGUACAAUUUUUUACAGUGGCACUGAUGUUCCUGAAACAAGUACUGUCAGCACUAAAACUUGACCCAAAAUAGUACCAGCAGUUAUUACUUUGGUUUUAUUUUUUUAAUGAAGAAACUUUCAGAUUGCGUUACUUGCUUUCCCACAAGAAGAAAAUGUGAACUGCUGUUAUUUUCACUGUAUUCAAUGAAACGAUAUGCCAAAAGCCCUCAUGUAUUCAAAAUCAUUUAAGGAAAUUAUUUUAUAAAAUGCCCUUCAUAUAUACUUACAAAUAAAAUUGUACCUGAAUUGUUAAGUGAUGGAAUGUGAGGUGGUUGAUAAAUCAGAACAGAUUAAACAUGUUCUUGUCCAUUGGAGAGGAUGUGAUAUGUUUAUUUCAUGCUUGUGAAGUUCUUUUUUCUUUUUUUCUUUUUUCUUUCUACUUGCUGAUAAGAGCAAAUAUUUUGUAACUUAAUUUAAGUUCUAACACAUUAGGGGAAUGUGGUAAAGAAUUCAUCCUCAAAUUAAUUAUUGUGAUGUAUUAUGUGUAACAAGUCUGUUACCUUUUUAUUUUACACUGGUGUGAAGAAUCUGACCAAGUUAAAGUGGAAAAGAGAAUGGAUAAAAAUAAAUUGAAAGUGCUUAAUUUCAUUAACUGAUGUUGCAUAUUACACACUGGUCAUUUGAAUUUCUGGAAUAGAAUAGGUACAGAUUUAAAAUGGUUUGUUUCUGCAACUGUUAAUUGUUGUUCAAAUUUCUUAUAGAGCUUGGACGUAAUAAGAAAGUGAGUUAUAAUCCCUGCUCUGAUGCAUUGUUUUAAUAGAUCGAUGGUGAAUGAUUGUAGGGUAAUAUGUAACUGCAUCUACAUCAAAAUAUAAUGAACAUUUUGUCUUAUGUAAGUAAAAAUAGUUAUACAAUUAAGGCUUGUUUAAGAAAUUCAUUAAAAAUUUGUGGCCCUUCAACUAAACAUCUGUUAAUUGACGUUAAAGUCCAACC